GAGGGAAAAGGAGUGAGGAUGAUGCAGGGGAAUAAGAACAGGAGAAGAGUGAGAAUGCAGAGGAAAGAGCAGGGAGGAUAGAAAAGAAGGGAGAGCCUAAGAGGUGGGCAGAUGGAAAAAGAGUGAGGGAAGAAAGAAGAGCAGAAGAGUAGAGCCAAUGCAGAAGAAAGAGGAGUGAGGAAGCAGGGAAACAUACAGCAGAAGAGAAAAGCAGAUGCAGGUGAAAGAGCAGUGGUGAGAUGCAAUGGAAACCAUCAGAAGAGUGAGGAUACAAGGAGGAAAGAACAGCAGAAGAGGAGCACAGCUGCCCGAGAAUGAGCAGGGAGAAUACAGGGAAGAAAGAGGAGGAGGAGAGCCGAUGCAGAAGAAAAGAGAUGUCACGUUACAGGGAAGAAAAGCAGGGCAGACGAAGUAUGGAGAGGAAGCAGGGGAAAAAAACGCUGAAGAGCAAGGAUAGAGAUGAAAGAGCAGUGAGGAUACACAGAGGAUAGAACAGCAGAAGAGAAGCAGAAGAGAAAAAACAGGAAAAGAGUGAGAAUGCAGACGGAAAAGCAGGGAGAAUACAGGGAAGAACCAAGAGCGUAAGAGAAGUGCAAAUGCAAAAGCAAGCGAGGCUACAGGGAAGAAAGGACAGCAGAAGGGGAGUGCAGGUGCAGAUCCCCCAAACACAGCACUCCCUGCCCGCUAGGGUUGCGGGUGCGACGCAGUCACCACAAUGAUGUCGAGGAUCAAUGCCGGGUAAUUCAGUGAGCGUUCCAACAAAGAAUCAAGGAAAAAACUGCCAGGCAAAGGAAAGAAACCUUCUGGCAACAGGUUUUCAACGUUACGCGUAGAGUCCUUUGGAACAGGAGUUGUUUCUGUGUCAACAACUUGAAGAUCAAUUCAGGCAACGGCUACUAAAGAAAAACGAGUCACAUAACAUGGAGAGCAAAGAAGAGAAGAGAGAGGAAACAGAGAGGUGCCAGCACUGCCACCCGGGGUGGGCAGCAGGCUGCUGGUGCCAGCGUCAUCAUGGGCGGCGGCCAGCACUGGCCACGCUGUCACCGCGUCGCCGUGGCGACGUUUGUGACACGGCCACCCGGGAGGGGUAUGAAGGCGGUGCACGCUGGUGGGUCCUGCAUCCUGAAGGAGCAUCUGGUAGAGAGCAGACGCACCUGAAGGGAUGAGCUCCGGCAUGGCUGGCGCCAACAAGGAGCAACCCGCUGGCACGAGGCGGAACAGGAUGAGCUUCUGCGAGGAUGGCCCCGCAGCGAGGCGUGCCUCCAUACCCACCUGCACCGACACCGAAGAGCGAGUUGCCGUCUGGGAUGCGGUGGCCGCCUACGUACAAGAGCACCUCCUGGUGCAGAAGGGGGUCUGGAUUCCCACCUUCGGAUCCUUUGACACCAUCUCCAGAGACAUCAGGACUGAGGACGGGACCGUGACUCUGCGGUGGCCCGUCUUUCACUUGUCUGGAAACCUCAUAGCCGUGCACCACCUCAAGCCCCGCAGGGAGUCCCUGCCAGCCCAUAGGAAGCUGGAGCCGCUCAAGAGCAGCGAGGUGGCCGCAGCUGCCUCUGUGACCUGGCAGACAGCGCAGGCUUGCAUCCAAAGCACCGUGUCCCUGCUCUCUGGCUGCCUGAAGAAUGGGGAGAACGUUGCCGUUGUCUUCAAGGACAUUGGAGUGCUCCACAUCGAUGGAAUGACCUUCCACAUGAAAUUCUAUUACGACUUCCUUGACAAGCUGUCAGGGAAAGAGAAGUUCAGGAAAGCUCUUCUCAAGGUGAGCUGUAGCUUUCUACCACCAGCACCUGGCCAGCUGCUCGCGCCGUGCAAGUGCUGCGGUGCCGUCAGCCCUCCCUGCCUUGGGCUCCUUGUGCGCCCAGUGCCUCAGCCGUCACAAGGACAUCCCACAUCCUCCCUGUUCCUCCCCUGCAGGCCCCCUGGCUGCUGGACAUGGUGGUGUCCCGAGCGGCACCGGUGGCCUCCCUGGCACUCUCUGGCUGCCUCGUCGUCUUUCCCAAUGAGAUUUGCUGGCAAGCCAACCUUCAUCAAACGCUUGAGCUCGGACAGUCUAGAUGGAGGAAAACUCCGAAGGAUAAGGAGCUUACUGCGCAAGGAGAGCUCUACGUCCAGUCUGCUGCCAGCCAUCCCUGGAGUGCCUGAAGAACAAAAGCAGCCGCUGACCUGCCAGCUGCAGGGCCAGGCAGAAACAGACAGCCAAGAAGACCUGGGCCGAGCCCCGGGAACCAAACACGUGAGCUUCCGUGAGGAAGAACGGGAAGCGGAAAAAGCCCAUCGUGUGGCUGCGGUGCUGAAGUUGCCCAAAGUCAACGAAUCUUUCAGCAACGAUUCCAGACCUUCCUCAAGGGCUCAGUCCAGCCCGUCGCAGGCAUCGCAAGGCACUCCAUCCCGGCUGCCACUUCUGGCAUGCGACUCAGUCAGACUUCUCAGGCGCAGGGCUAAGAAGAGCAGGCAGAAAGAACCUGAGGAGAUGGAAGCAUCAACAUCUCAGGCUGAGGCCAGCCAGCCGCAGGAGUCCUCUGCCGACAGAGCUGGAUUGCUGCCACCAAUACAUGAAGAAACACAGUCUCCACAGCGUCAGCCUCCAAACACCAAAGCCCCACCGCGCAGGAAGGGCACACCCUACCCACGCUGAUGCGGGCAUGGGGCGCCCAUGAGCUCCAAGAGCUCCACUCGAGCUGGCUGCAAAACAGAUGCGUGAAUCCCAUCUGCAUCAUAUCUAAUCCUAGACUAGGCUGCCGAGUGCCCAAUCCAACCUGGCCUUCAACACUGCCACGGACGCGGCGUCCACAAGCUCUCUGGGCAUCCGCUUCCAGCAUCUCACCACCGUCUCUGGAAAGACCUUCUCCCUGACAUCCAAUCUUCAUUGUCCCUCCCUCUGUCAAUAAAGCCUUACCAUGGCCCUAUCCCAUAGAAAUCUCCACAA